AUGGGGACCCCCACAGGAGCAGAGUGUGGAGAUCUCGGCAUCCUCCUUGGCGUGGCCUUGGGGAAUGAGGGCUCGGAGGUGUGGCCGCUGGCCCAGCGAGAGGCAUGCACCUUCACGGGCUACCUACGGGACAAGCUGCAGUACAAGAACCGGCUGCAGUACAUGAAGUACUACUUCCCCAUCAACUACAGGAUCAGCGUGCCGUAUGAGGGGGUGCUCAGAGUCACCAACAUCACCAGGCUGCAGAGGGCCCGCGUGAGUGAGCAGGAGCUGCGCUACCUGUGGGCUUGGGUGAGUCUCAGCACCAUCGAGUCGGUGCAGGAUGUGCUGCUCCAGGACCACCCGUCCUGGAAGUACCUGGAUGAGGUCCAGACGCUGCUGGUCAAUGUCCAGCAAGGCCUCAGGGAUGUGGAAACCAGCCCCAAGGUGGAGGCGGUGCUGUCUCUCCUGAGUGCCCCAGGGCUGAAGCUGGUCCGGCCCAAAGCCCUGCUGGAUAACUGCUUCCGGGUCAUGGACCUGCUGUACUGCUCUUGCUGUAAGCACAGCUCCCUCCAAAUCUGGCAGGACUGCAGCGCAUCAGGCCCUCAGCCCCGUGCUGCACAGCCCCCGUUGCAGUGUGCAGCCGCCCAGCUGUACUCUCCGCCCCGGCAGCCCUCCACCUCCCCGCCGGGCUACCCAGGGGCAGUGGAGCAGGUGAGGGCGCAGGAUGAAGGCCUCCUGCCCUGA